CGAACAUAAACCACAAUGGGUCUCAUCAGCAAAGUCAUGCACAAGGUCGAGGGAAAGCACGAGAACGAGCAUAACCAAGCUCCCCCUCAGCAACACCACAUGGGCGGUAACGGAGGACCCCAAGGCGGAUACGGCGGCCAACAAGGCGGUUUUGGCGGACCAGGUGGUCAACAGGGAGGAUACGGAGGACCCCAAGGCGGAUACAGCGGCCAACAAGGCGGUUUUGGCGGACCAGGUGGUCAACAGGGAGGACACGGAGGAGGACCAAGUAGUGAACACCACGGCGGCGGAUUCGGUGGACCAGGCGGACAUCAAGGAGGUGGAUUUGGCGGGCCAGGUGGUGAACAUCAUGGCGGAGGGGGAUUUGGAGGCGAGAGAGGUGGUCAUGGUGGUGGUGGACGGGGAGGACAUGGUGGAUUUUAAGUGACAAAGUUUUGAGAGAGAUGGAGGAGGAUUGUGAUACCAAUUUAGUUUGUGUUUAUGAGUCGA